AUGAAGCUUCAACAACUCGCCAUUACCCUGUUCGCUGCUCUUGCAGCAGCAAACCCAAUCCCCCUGGAGGAGCGCCAGCGUAUGCUAUCCCCUCCACCCACGCUGUUAGAGAUAGCUCAAGCUAACAACGGGACACCAGUCACCGGCAACGAGCUCCGCGUCGGCACUUGCGAAGACAUAACCUUCAUCUUCGCCCGCGGCUCCACUGAGCUGGGCUACCUCGGCAGCACCGUCGGCCCCGCAACCUGCAACGCGCUCAAACUCGCGCGCCCCGGGUCCGUCGCCUGCCAGGGCGUAGCACCCGCGUACAUCGCCGACCUCGCCUCGAACUUCCUGCCACGCGGGACCAACAGCGUCGCCAUCAACGAGGCGAAAGACCUCUUCAACCUCGCGGCGUCCAAGUGCCCAAAUACCAAAAUCGUUGCGGGAGGGUACAGUCAGGGCGCUGCCGUAAUGCACGCCGCUAUCUCGGAGCUUUCCAGCGCCGUGAAGGAUCAGAUCAAGGGCGUGGUGCUGUAUGGUGAUACGCGGAACCAGCAGGAUGGCGGGCGAAUUCCGAACUUCGACACGGGCAAGACGAAGAUCAUCUGUGCGUUUGGGGAUCUGGUUUGUGAGGGGACGCUUGUUAUCACCGCGGCGCAUUUGAGUUACCUGGAUGAUGUGCCCGAUGCGACGAGCUUUCUUUUGGGGAAGCUUUAG